UGUAUUCCACUGAGGAACAUUGCCUGCCGUUGAGUCACCGGGUAAACCGUUACUCGACCGAGAAAACCGACUCUCUCUUUGGGGAUUGAACCCUUCAGUUCUCCAGAUUUCUUCACUCGUCCUUAAAGUAGUUACACCAUCCAGAUCCUCUUCUCGACCGGGAUUGAAAUGUUACAUUUUCGGUCAACGGUAGCGCUGAAGGAGUUAUUUCAGACCCAGCUCAAGCGUCCGUUGGCAGGUAACGUUAGAGUUGGCGUUAAAGCGGCACCUGCGACCCCCGCCUGCUUCAGCACCGUCAGUUUGGAUGGGAGGUCACCGGGCAGAUGGAGGGCGUUUGCCGGGUGGAGAAGGCACGGCGUGAGAGGCUUUUGCUCCAAGGGGGAUAGCCACAGUGAAGCCGCCAAGGACUCUUCAGCAGAGAAGAGAAGAAAGGCGGGCAUCCUGCCCAGUCUGGAGGACCUGCUCUUCUACACCAUCGCAGAGGGCCAGGAAAAAAUCCCCGCUCACAAAUUCACCACAGCUCUUAAAGCCACAGGGCUUCGCACAGGAGACCCCCGGCUGAAAGAAUGUAUGGAGAUGCUGAAGGUGACCGUGAAGACGACCUCUGACGGCGCACUAGACCGACACCUCUUCAAAAAAUGUGUCCAGAGCAACAUUGUCCUGCUCACCCAGGCCUUCAGGAAGAAGUUUGUCAUCCCAGACUUCCAGUCCUUCUCCGCACACAUCGACGAGCUCUAUGAGAACGCCAAAAACAUGUCCGGAGGGCAGGUGGCAGACUACAUUCCUCAGCUGGCUCGCUUCAGCCCAGACCUGUGGGCCGUCGCCCUGUGCACCGUCGAUGGACAGAGGCACACUGUUGGCGACACCAAGGUUCCUUUCUGUCUGCAGUCCUGCGUUAAGCCGCUGAAGUACGCCAUCGCCGUUCACGACCACGGCACCGAGUACGUGCACCGCUUCAUCGGCAAAGAGCCCAGCGGUCUGCGAUUCAACAAGCUCUUCCUGAACGAGGAGGAUAAACCACACAACCCCAUGGUUAAUGCUGGCGCUAUCGUCUGUACCUCCCUCAUUAAGCAAGGGGCAAGCAACGCUGAAAAAUUUGAUUAUGUCAUGAACUUCAUGAACAAACUGGCAGGAAACGAGUACGUUGGCUUCAGCAACGCCACUUUCCAGUCGGAGCGAGAGUCUGGAGACAGAAACUUUGCCAUCGGCUACUACCUGAAGGAGAAGAAGUGUUUUCCAGAGGGGACAGACAUGACCUCCAUCCUCGACUUCUAUUUUCAGUUGUGCUCCAUCGAGGUGACCUGUGAGAGCGCCAGCGUCAUGGCGGCUACGCUGGCCAACGGCGGCUUCUGCCCGAUCACGGGAGAGCGAGUGCUGAGCCCCGAGGCGGUGCGAAACACGCUGAGUCUGAUGCACUCCUGCGGCAUGUACGACUUCUCCGGACAGUUCGCUUUCCACGUCGGGCUGCCGGCUAAAUCCGGUGUCGCUGGCGGGAUCCUGCUGGUUGUUCCAAACGUGAUGGGCAUCAUGUGUUGGUCUCCUCCGCUCGACAAGCUGGGCAACAGCGUCAGAGGCAUCCAGUUCUGCACGGACCUGGUGUCCCUCUGUAACUUUCACAACUACGAUAACCUGAGACACUUUGCUAAGAAACUGGAUCCUCGCAGGGAGGGAGGAGACCAGAGGGUGAAGUCAGUGAUCAAUCUGCUGUUUGCUGCUUACACUGGAGACGUCUCGGCGCUGAGGAGGUUUGCGUUGUCCUCCAUGGACAUGGAGCAGAGGGACUACGACUCCAGGACGGCCCUGCAUGUCGCCGCGGCUGAAGGACACGCUGAGGUGGUUCGCUUCCUGCUGGAGGCCUGUAAAGUCAACCCAGUUCCCAAAGACAGGUGGGGGAACACACCCAUGGACGAAGCGGUUCACUUCGGCCACCACGACGUGGUCACCAUCCUCCGCGACUACCACACCCAGUACAGCCCUCAGGAACCCACCACCACCGACAAGCAGAGCGCAGAGAAGAACCUGGACGGGAUGCUCUGACAGGAAAACGCCUGAAGGGAACGGUUUUUGUGUAAGAAAUCACUCAAAUCAAGCUGGACAGGAUUCUCUGAGGGGAGAAGACACCGUCAGAAAGGAAACUCCAUUUAACAUCCACACAUAGAAACAGUUAAGAACAUUAAAUCAACCCAGACAAUAAACGGUACCGUGGAGGGGGGAAAAAAAACCUUAGAUGAAACUAAACAGCCCCCCACCAUCCCUCCAGUGUAAAAGCUCGUGUUAUUAGAUGUUCUUGUAUUGUAAUACUGUGUGUACUGUGACUGGGGGGGAAAUAUUUUUAUUUGAUUUCUCCUUCUGUAUUUUGACUUUAUUUGGUGAGUCGAUGGACCCUGUUAUUUACUUUCAACUAUUUUUAUUCUGAAAAGCUGUAACAGAAGGUAGCAAAUGUAAUCUGGAGUCUCGCAUCUUCAUCACAACAUGGUGGGGAAUGUAUUUUCCCCGUGUGUGUGUGUGUGUGUGUGUGUGUGUGUGUGUGUGUAAAUACGUACAGGUGUAUAUUUGUAGUUUGAUCAGCACGAGGCGUGUGAGGUAGGUUUCACAAACACACGGUCAAUGUUUCAAUUUUAAAUCUGACAUUUUAAUUAUUAUUUACAUGCUUGUUUAUUUAAACUUCAAUAUUCAGCCUUUAUAAGUUAAAAGCUUUUUGUUUUGCUGCUAUGUAACUACAGUUUUUCUUUUUUUUUUUUUACCCCCAAAAAACUGGACUUUUAUUUUUCACUCUGCAUUAUUUUUUUUUAUUUUUUAUUUUUUUCCGUAACGUAAGGAAAUAAUGUAAGAAAGUCAAAAGCCAAAUUCAGGUUGUUUGUUGUCUCCUGACUGUUGAAAGAUAUCAUGUAUGACACUGCCAGCAGUGAAUUACUGUAAACAUCCAACAAAAGAUUAGAAUAGAAGUUUGUUUUAUACUUUUAUGAUUUGUUUUUUUUAGAAUAUUUCUAUUUGAUUGAGUGAUGCAGCCGUAGAUGUUUAAACAUCAUGUAGCUCCAGUAAAACAUCUAAAUUAAGUCCAAUAGUAACAUUAAAACAACUGAUUAAGCUUGACACAGCCUUUCUAAAUGUAUAAGUGGUGUCUCACACCCUCCUCCCCUGUUUAGUGAUGGUUUCUCUUUUAUGGUGUAAAUGUCCUCUUUCAACCCAUCUGUCCUGCAUGUCCAAAAUAUUGUUGUCAUGGAAAUAGUGACCCUUGUUCUUCAAGUGUAGGUAGAAAUUUCAAGGUGAAAGUGAAAGAGACCUUUUACACCCGAAUAGAGAAACCAUCACUAAACAGGGGAAGGGAGUCUCUUUAACCAAGUCCAGUUGCCCUUGAUUUUAACCUCCCUUGGAUAACUACGACCUGACCACAAAAAAUCUGACUUCUGCCACUUUAAGGAACUAAAAUAUAUUUCUUUUGAGUGCACAACGUCAUGCUGUAACACCCCUGUUCAUUUUCAUUGCUGUCAAUCUAAAGAUUUUUGCGGGGAGUGUGUUGACUGUAUUGUAUCACAUGAAUGAUGAUGGUUUGUAUGUAAACACUCAGGAAGGUCCAGUCCACAACAGAAGGAGCUUUUCUAAUGCCAGCGGAUUGUUCUUUGUUUCGUUUAUGCAGAUAUAUUCCAGAUGUUGUUUUCCGUACAGACAAACUGAAACCAGUGCAAUCAACAUGUCUGCGAUAUUAACAAUCCACAAUCCAAAUUUAGUUCAAAUUCAGUGCCCUGAGAGAGGUUUGUAUCCCUCAGGUUGGUAUCAGUUCAUGCAGUUUGUUUGAGAUCGCUUUUUUAAUGUGAAGGUGACUGAAAAGAAGCACAAAACUGUACCUAAAAACUGCAAUAUUUUAAGAAGCAACAUGAGGACAAAGUGAUCCCGACCCGCCUGUGAUAUGAAGUGGUCUCUGUUUGCAGCUGUGACUGAAGUAUUCUGAAUGUAACGUGUUUUGGUGUCGUUCUCUUUCUUCUUCAUGUGUUUGUAUGCUGCUUCAGUUCCUGAGUGUCGCUGCAGUUCAGAUAUUUAUUCACAGAUCAAACAUUUAAUAAAAGGUAUUAAAGUCAA